AUGCCAAUAUUCUGCCUAGCAUUGAUAACAACAGCACAGCCGUUUAUCGAUUGCUCUGGUAAGUCGUUCCUUUGCGAGAAUUCGACACAUUUUACGAUUUGUGUGGAUGUCGGUGGGGGCGUAUCUAUGACAGUGGGAAACAUUGUCUUGUCGUGCCCACCUACCACAUUUUGCGAUGAAAAUAACGCUUUCGAAUGUGAAUACCGAACUUCGACAUCGACAUCGACUACACCCAGCUCUAAUUCCCAAGAUACUAAUAUACCAACGGAAACAACAGAGGCACGUUUAACAACAAACGUUUAUGAUGAAUUUCUUUUUACAAGUGAUUCGCAACAAGCUGAGGCAAAUGUUAUUUUUCCGACCCAACAAAAAUAUAUAAUUCCAGGAAAUGCAAAUGUUAUUUUUGACGACACUGACAAUGCUGUACUAGUGUACGGCAAUAUUGAUAGUGAAAUCGUGAAUAGUACUCCGGUAAAUGAAAAAGUACCAAGAAAUUUAAAUGCCACGAACAGUGCGAAUAUUAACGAUUACAAAAAUAGAACUAUUGACGUGAAUAAGAAAUUCAUAAGAAGAAAUAAAGAACUCACAUCAAAGUUUGAAGAGGCGCGUAGGGAAUUAAGCACAACUAUUGCACAGACUACUGAUACAACUGACAAAAUUAUGACAACACCCAGCGAUAGUGUUGCCAUAGAAGAAUCUUCCACCGUAGAAUUCUUAACUGCCACUACAAACAUUGAAAUUUCAGUGACGCCAUCAACUAUUCCAGAUAUUGGAAGGAAUCUCUCACAUAUUACUAAUUACACGUCAAGAUCAAACAAUAAGUCUAAAAACACCAUCAAAAAUAACAAUUUAGAUUUAACAGCUAAUUUCACUGUGAACAACUUACUUGACACUGAAUUAGGAUUAAAAGUAAUCGAACGAGCCCCUUUUAAUGCAACCAAAUCUGAUUUAACUCACUUAAUUGCAGUUAGUAAUCCCAAUAUAUCUGUUAAUCAUUCACAUACUGAUCUAAUUAAAGAUAAACCGAAAGAAACGUUACAAUUAAACAGAAACAAUCGAACGACGACUAACUUGUUAAAAGACAAUAAGGAUACAAUAGUUCAGAGUACAACAGUACCAUUCACUGGAUCUGCAGAUGUAACAGACUUAAAUAUACCGACAGAAAGAUAUCAAAAGGCUAUGCACUCAAAAAAUAUUCCUAACUCUUCUGCGCAUUUAAUAGACACAAUUUCAACAACACCGGAUCAAAGUAUAAAAUUGAAAUUGAAUAUUCCGACAGAGACAUAUGUUCAAAAUGAAAAAUUUUCGAAAGACAUUCUCUCAAACUCCACAGGGGAUAUUACAACAAUUUCUACAACACCGAGUUUGAUAAUGGAAAAGUCUGCUCAAAAUGCAAUCAACUCUUCUGCUCACCUAAUUAAAACAAUAUCUACAAAACCAGAUGACAGUGUUAUAUUGAACAUGAAUAUAGCAACAGAAAGCUAUGAUGAAAAUCAUAAAUUUUCAAAAGAUGCUACUCAGUCAAACUCUACUGAACAUUUCACUGAAACAAUUACUACAACACCGAGUACAACAACGGAAAGAUAUUCUCCAAAUUCUACAAUAUCGAAAUACAGACUCGCAAACACUUCUUUGCUGCAUGCGGAAAUUCCUACAAAAGCUAAUGAAAGCGUAAAAUCAAACUUUAAUACAACAGUAAAGAGAUAUGGUCAAAAUGCUAACCAUUUAACAGAUUCUCUUCCAUUAAACUCAGGGCAUCAGAUUAAAAGUACUUCUAGUGUACCAAAUAAACCUAUAAAAUCUAACUUAAGUACUCCAACGAUGAGAUAUGCCCAAAAUGCUACAUUUUCAACAGAUUUUUCCAAAUCUUCUAAGAAUCCGAUUGAAACAAUUUCUACAAUACCGGUUGAAGUUGUAACAUCAAUAUUAAAUAUCCCAACUGAGUCAUAUGCUCCAAAUGAUAUAUUUUCAAGAGGUAUUAUUCUUCCAGACUCUUUAGAUUUCAAUUCAGUAGGCAAUUCAUUAAAAACAUCAACUUUGAGAAACGACAAGUUAAGAGAUAUUGAGAAAAAAAUAUUAUUUGAAGAUCUCGUACAUCCUACAACUGUUGAAAAUGUAACACCACAUUUGAGGACGACAACAAAAACAUAUAUUCUAAAUGGUAUAAUGUCAAAUCCUAUUAUUCCUUCAGAGUCUUCUGAAGUUGAUAUCACUUUCGGCGACAUUUUAAAAGUUAACAAAGAUCCCAUGACUUUAAAUACACCAAAGCAACUCGAUUCAACAAAAAAGGCCAUUUUAAAUUCUACCAUAAAAGCUGAUAACCAAGAAAAUUCAAAAGUUUCCAGUCAUGAUGACACCUUACGUACAAAACUUAGCGACUACAUAAAUUCAUUCAACUUAGAUGUAGGUAAUAAUACAGGCAGCGAUACAAUAAUGAAAAAGAACUUCCACACCAGGAAUAAAACUACAAGUAUGGCUAACAAAACUGACAAAAUGAAUACUGAUGCAAUUAAUACGACUGAAAUAAUUACAGAUAAAAUAAUGUUAGGCUUAGAAUAUCUGAAUGGUACAUUAUAUUCAAACGUAGAGACAAUAACUGAAUUUACAACGGAAAAUAUAGUUACAUUGCAACAAACAAAUAAUUACCAAACGACUUCGAGAAGCAACGGUUUAGAAGAUAUUAAGAAUACACUUUUUGAGGAUACAGAUUACAGUGUACUCUUAUUUCCAGCAAGCACGGUUGAAACAUUAGUAACGGAAUUAAGUACAACACCGCAAACAUACAUUCAAAAUUCCUUAAUUUCCAAUCCCAUUAUUCCGAAUGAUUCUCCGGACUUCGAUAUCAGUUUUGGUGAUUUGAUAAAGGGUAACAAGGAUUUUAUUGAAUUGAAAUCACCUUUACAGAUUUCGUUUACGGAUCGUCCUAUUUCAGAUUUCAACGGUAGAUCUGAAAAUCGGGAAAGUUUAAGAAAUUUCAGGUCGACUUCGCAUAAUAAUUCUUUAAAUAAUGACUUAGCAUCGAAUUCCAGUGACAAAAUAACUAAAGUCGAUUUAGAUAUAUUUAACAGCACUGAGACAAAAAAUGUAUCUGUCGCCAAUGUAACAGUUAUCGAUGAAAGUUUUGUAAAAAACGAGGCAGUUAUUGUCGAAAGUGAAACUUUAAACAAAGACUUGACAUCAAAUUUAACUUCACUUUUCCCAAAUACAAAAAUUGCUUUAAAUACUGCAAACGAUGCUAGUCCGCAACAAGACUUAAAUGACCACGAGCUAAAUAUAACCACAAAGGACAUUGAAAAUAAAAAUUAUACCAUUGUAGAUAACGAUACUUUAAACAAAGACUUAGUAUCAAAUUUAACUUCAUUUUUCCCAAAUACGAAAAAUGCUUUAAAUAUUGCAAAAGGUGCUAGUCCAAGAUAUAACUUAACUGACCAUGAGCUAAAUAUUGCUACCCAGGAUCUUAAAAAUAAAAAUUAUACAAAUACAAAUAACACUAUGGAAAAUACUACUUAUUUACCAUUAGAUGAAAAGAGAAUCAUAGAUGAAAUACCAAUGUCUAACAUGUUGUUAAAAAAUGCCACCGAAAUAAAUAACUUAAAUCCCAAUGAAAAAGACAUUAAGGGAAAAGAAAUUAUAGACACCGCUACUUCACUCAUUAAUGAUAUACUAAAAGAAAAUAAAAUGAGAAAAGUAACAGACAGUGAACUUUUAAAUAAUACAAAGAGCGAAUUGACAUACUCUACUCAAUCCUCAUUGGAAACGUCCCACUAUUUUACGUAUACUGUCAGUACCACGAUAAAUUACAAUAAAAGUGAAAAUAAAACCAUCAAUUCGCCUAAAAGUAAUACAACCGAAUUAUUUGAAAAAGUGAUUUUAGAAAAUAAAACAGGAAUUUUAACAUCUAGUAAUAAUGGAGAAACAUUAAAAAAUAAUAGAGAUGUGUCUGUCGCAGAAGAUAUGACCGAAUCUAUCUUGAACAAAUCUAAUACCCAUGUCGAUUUAACAAAUAGUGUCAUUUACACAGAAGCGACUGUUACUAAUUCAUUCAACAGUAAAGAUCUAGCUAAAAAAAUCAUUGAAGGGGCAUAUUUCACUGAAGAACCAAUGCCAAAUUCUUCUACUUCACUAGAUGACAUAACAGAAAAUCAGCCGGCUAUUUUAUUCAAUGGAAACACAAGGGAUACUUUUACGUCAUAUAAGGAAAUAAAAGGGAAAAUUCAAAACGCAGAUGAAAUUACUAGUCCGAAAUAUGACUUGAGUAAUCAUACGCAAAAUAUAACUACAGUGUCUAUUGCAGAAAAAGGGCAUACAAAAGCAAAUGAAACUAACAUCAACGCCACUUAUUUAACAGUAAAUGAAAAGAAAAUGGAGAAACCAAUAUCAAACGCGAUACUACAAAAUUUUACCGUAGAGAAUUCGAAAACUCUAAAUGAUGAAGAUUUUGCGAUUGCACCAAUUUCAGACCCCGCUACAUUUAUUAUGGAUGAUAAACGAAAAGAUAACAAAAUCAUUAAGCGAACAGACAAUGAACUUUUAAAUGGUUCAUUGAUUGUAUUAAACUACUCUACCCAAUCUACAAUAGAAGCUUCUGAGUAUUUAACAAAUACUGAGGGUAUCACAGUAAGUUACGACCAAAAUAAAACAAUUGAUCCGUUAAAGAAUAAUACGGCAGAUUUAAUUCAAAGUGAGACGCGUAAUAAUAGAGAAAUUGCAAACAAUAAUAGCGUUGACUCUACUGUAAAAGUUGUAACCGACACUGUUCUGAAUAUAUUCAAUACAACGCAUAUCGAUUUAAUAAAGAAUUUUAUAGAUACAGCGGCACCUAUUUCUAACUCUGUAAUUGGUAACGACCAAACAGAAAAAAUCCCUACAGUUCAAUAUAUGACAACAGGCCCAGUGCUGAAUUUGUCCAAACCUAUCAUCGAUACGUUAGUUGAAAAUAAAAAUAGUUUUUACAAUACAGAAAACCCUACUGAACGCAUUUUAUUGACACCCACCACUAUCGGCAGUGAAAGUAUAUUAAAUGAUACAUUUGUCGACGUGACAAAGAAAGACCAAAGAGCACUACCAAUUUCUAGCUCGAUUAACAGUGAAGGUCAGGAAACAGAUUUCACUGAUAGUCCCAUGGUUUCAACACAUAACAAUAAAACUCCUAUCGCAAACUCAUCACUAACGAUUGAGAACAAGCAGAACAGACUAGAAAAAGAGCUUCUGGAAGAGAAUAGAAAAGAUGUCAAGGAAUUUGUUUUCAAUAGUCUCGAGAACGUUACUGAACCUACUUUAAACAAAACAACAUUAACGAAAAUAACAACGAUUGUUAAAAAAGCAAAUGAUGGUUUAAUCAGUGGUAACGCAACGAACAAUCACAACCAAUUUUAUAAUACUAAAUAUACUACAUCAGAAUAUUCUACACCCAUGUUGACUAUACCUCUGUCUACAAUGACAACAGAACAUGUUUAUUUAACCACCGAAAGUGAAAAUGGUCAAACAACUUUUAAAUCGUUAACUCCUAAUAAUGCAACAUCGGUAACAGAUACAUCUAUAUACGAGACUGAUAUUAAAAAAAUAUCAAAUAAAAGAAACGAUCAGAAUACCCUAUAUGAUGGCUUCGUUAAUUCAAUUAAUAACGACAUAAAUCCUACCAUACAAGUUUCCACGUCUACAGUUAGAUAUGAAGAUCAAACAGCGUUAAGAUUAGAAAAUGUGAAAGAAAACUUAACACAAGAUGUUCGACAAGUUAAUUAUAACGUCACAAUUUUAUCAAGUGAAACAAUAAAUGCAACUACUGCUGCAACUACCACUUUUGCAUUAAAACCACAUAAUUCUACUUUCAUCGUUAUUAACAAAAUGAACAACGCGAAUUCAAAUACACGUAUUAAUAAUAAAAGUAAGAUAUUAAAUGACCACAUUCUCAAUGAUAUGUUGCUAACAAAUAAAUCAGUUAUGAAUGUUGCCACAACUAAUAAAAAUAACGCGAGGGUCAAUAAACUUGAGCAGGAUCUAAAUUCAAAGAACAAUUUUAGUAUAAGUUAUGACAAAGUUGGUCGAGGAAAAUUGCAGUUAAAAGUGCACAACGUCACAACUAAAAGUAUAGAGAGAAAUUCAAAAGUACAUGAAAAUAUUAAAGUAGACAACGUUACCGAACGAUCACAACAUAACAAUACAAAUACAACUAUACUGAAAGACAGUAAAAAUGAAUCUAUCAUACAAAAGUGUUCCAACAGGAGUAUUUGCAUAAGUCAAGCAAAUGGACAGGUAUCUAUAGAAUUAUAUAAUAAAACUAGAAUAAACGUAAGUGUUAGAAAUAACUCUAAUUCUAAAACAAAGGAAACGAGAGUACGGGAUAAUGAUCAUGUACUAAUUACUACUGUCAAUAACGCACCAAAGACUGAACUUGGGACUGUUAAUAAAAUAGUAAUGCAAACUGAAAGACAUGAUAGCGCUAUACCGUUAGGCCCAACGUAUCUUAAUAGAAAAAAAGAAACUAAUGAAAUGCCCAUAAAACACAUUGAAACAACUAAAUCUUCCCUAAUUUUACAAAAUAAUACAUUACAAACAACAUCUGCUCUUCUCUUUGAUUGUAAAAAUCAUUCUCGUGGUAGAUAUGCAGAUAAAGAUAAUUGUAGAAAAUUCUACAUUUGUAUAGGCUAUAGUAUACCUAUUAUAGGUAACUGUCCAGAAAAUACUGUCUUUAGUGAAUUUAAAAAACAAUGUACUAAUAAUCUAUCACAUUGUAUUAGAAAUAAUCAAUUUAAAUGUGUAAAAGAUGGUAGGUUUAUUGAUGUAUGGCAAGAUAAUAUGUACUACGUUUGUGUUAAAGGUCCCAAUCACAGGUUCUUAAGACUUAAAUUGGAAUGUAAAAGCGGUUAUAUUCUUGAUAAAGUAAACGUUAUGUGUAAACAGGGUAAAAAGGUUUUAAAAACGUCAUCAUCGAUAUCCGCAAACUCGUCUUCUUCGUCAGCAUCAUUAUCAUCCAGUAAUAAAAAGAAAAAUAAAAGCCAUAAAAAUUCAAAUAAAAAAUCAUCUAAUGAUACAGGUUUCAAAUGUAAUGAAGAAGGCAAGUUUGUGGAUCCUAAUAAUUGUAGAAAAUAUUACAUAUGCUCAAAAACAUCAAAGUCUGUUCUACGACGGAAAAGAAAGAAGUGUGAUUCGGAUGAGGUUUUUGAUGACGAGAAAAAGGAAUGCGUUGACGAGGACAGUUACGAAUGUUAAUAAUUGCUAUUUGAUUUAUAUAAUUACAUAUUUAUAAGUUACA